AGGUGCAGUGGACCCUCUCUGGCCUCGUACGUCACUUCCCUUUUUGUGCGUCUGCGGGGCUGCUGUGCUGUCUGACUGUGGACGGAGGGUUUCCACGCUAAGCAGCCGACUAACCACGUUAAACCCCCCGUAAAGAGGCGGUUUUAUCUGGCCAGGAUCUGGAAAUUAUCUGUCGUCAUAUUCAAGAUAACCACCCAUCAAGUUGGACCUGACUGGACUUUAUUCUGUAGCGGGCUCGCAAACGCUUUAGUGAGCCACUGCAGCAGCAACAGACCGAGCACGCCGCUGCUGUUGUUGUUGUGAGAGAAGAAAACAACCUCGGCGAGCAGUCCGCUAAAGCUGUGUGAUCAUUGACAGAGUUCAAUACACACACGCUUCAAGUCCUAACUGGUGGGGAGCUUUGUGUGCGGCGGUACCUCCACAAGUCAAGAACCGACAGCUGGAGGGAAGGGGGGGGAUAUUUCGUCGCUGAAGUCCGAGGUGAGAGGAGCCGGCGGCGGCGGCGAGGAGCAGAGAGCUAGCGCCGAGUGGCUAACUGACGUGCUAACUAGCAGCUAGCUCCAAAGCUACCCUGGCUUAGCUGCCUGGUUUGCGGUCGUGGUCAGUGUCCUCACUCGCUGUCUGGGGGAAACCACCCAUUAGCUUUUUUAGUCUCAAGUGUUUGUGUUUUUUGUUUUUUUUACUGUUAAGCCCUACGAGCUGUUUUGGACUUGUACCGCUGGUGUUUGUUGACUUUGCCUCACAGUUAGCUGCGUACACUGAGGAUGCGUUAGCGUCACGUUAGUGUUUACGUUAGGCAGCUUGUGAUUGUGCUGGGUAUAGUUUGUCAUUUGGUUAUAUAUAACCGUGUAACUCGGUAGGUAUGUAAAGUAUUUAUGUGUGCCCUUUUUUUCUCUCUCUCUAUCUUUGCUAGUUUCAUGUAAACCUGGCUGAGAUAAUAAAGUAGACAUCCUGUCUACGAAGACCAUUGAACUUUUUUUUUUUACUGGUGUACAAUAUCCGGUCAUGUUGUCGUGAGUCUGUUUAUUAUCUCACUGUUUUUCAGGCCAUUCAAAUGAGUGUAGUAGGUGUGGAGCUAUGAACAACAGUGGACUCACCUCUGGAUGGUCAUAAAAAGUCUGAGUUUUUUAAUCAAACAAAGCAGUUCAAACAGUCUUUGUGUUCUGGUGACUGUAUUAUUCAGCCCCCCCCCCUCCAUCACUUUCACUGAAAUACAGCGAAAAUUCUGCUAAACCUAUUAUCUAACAUAAGCUGUUGAUUCAGGGCUGACCCUGAAUCACCAAGGCCUCUCCACAAACAUCCAAGCAAGGGUUGUGGGAGGCUAUUACAUGUGACAAUGCAGAGCUUUUGCAGCUAUUUUGCUAAUGGCAUCAUCACCAGAAGAGUACGAAUAUCAAGCAUAAUAACAAUAUGACACACCAGCUCUGGUAUGUCAGAGAGAAAGAGAGUUGCGUGACAUGAUUGAGUUGCCUGAAGUUCAUAUAUCUCUCUAGCUUGUGGUCAUGUUAGUCAUUCUGCUAGUCCCAUUUUUCGUUGGAUGUCUCUUGUCAUCAAGUGUCAGAUGGUCAGAUAGGAGGCGGCGAGAAGACACGCCGAUUUCAGCACUUUUCUUUGUUGUGGAGUUGUGUUUCAAGGCAGCUCGGAAGGUGAGGAGUUUUUUUUUUUUUUUGGUUGAAGCGCAGCGCUGUGGUGGCAACACUCGAGAUAGGCAUCGAGCAAUACACAGAAGGUUUCCUUUGUUUUGAGAAAUCGGUUUCACUUUAUGUCUAAACCUCCACCUUCCUGGCUGUAGUUUUACUUCCUUUAGGCCCUGUGCCUUUCACACUUUAUUUUUCAGUGUUGUACUGUAUCCACAAAAAAAAAAAAAGGCAUGUGAGCAUAAAGAAUAUUACCCGAGGCUAUGUUUUUAUACAAAGCGAGGAAGUCAUCCAGCCGUUUUGCAUACAUUUAUAAGUCAGCGGAGGUUUUUUUAACAAUGUUUUCAACAAAAUAACGAUGCACUGAUGUUGUGGUCACAUCCCAUCCCAUGUAUUUUUGUUAUAGCUCCUCUCACCUGAAUGUUAAGGCUCUCUUUGAGUUGUAGUUACUUGUUAAAGCCACAUGUUUCUUGUAUUUUAUGGACUGCAUGACACAGAUUUUGUAUGUUGCAUUAACAAAAUUUCUUUCUGUCCUCUUCCUCCAGGUGUUACAUUAUAUAGAUUUUUUAUUAUUUUUUUAUUUUAUUUUAUUUUUUAUAAAUCUGAGCCGCUGUCAGGCACUUGACCAGUAGGAACAGUUUCCACCAGCUUGUCUGCAGCCCCCUUCCAACCCAGAGAGUCUUCUGCCCCAGCAUGAAUGAAGUCAGUGUUGUGAGAGAGGGAUGGCUCCAAAAGAGAGGUGAAUACAUUAAAACAUGGCGGCCUCGUUACUUCAUCUUAAAGAGUGACGCCUCCUUCAUAGGUUACAAAGAGAAACCCGAGGUGUCCAGUGACCACAACCUCCCACCGCUCAACAACUUCUCUGUCGCAGAAUGCCAGCUGAUGAAGACAGAGCGCCCCAGGCCUAACACAUUUGUCAUUCGUUGCCUGCAAUGGACGUCCGUUAUUGAGCGUACCUUCCAUGUAGACAGCAACGAGGAGAGGGAGGAAUGGAUGCGAUCGAUCCAGGCAGUGGCAAAUAGCCUGAAGAGUCAGCAGCAGGAUGAGGAGCCCAUGGAGAUCAAAUUUGGCUCACCGAGUGACAACAGCGGCACAGAGGAGAUGGAGAUCGCUGUGUCCAAAUCCCGCACAAAAGUGACCAUGAGUGAUUUUGACUACCUGAAGCUGCUGGGGAAAGGGACAUUUGGUAAAGUGAUCCUGGUGAAGGAGAAGGCCACAGGGAUGUACUACGCUAUGAAAAUACUGCGCAAAGAAGUCAUCAUUGCUAAAGAUGAGGUGGCACACACAGUUACAGAAAGCAGAGUUCUCCAAAAUACGCGGCAUCCCUUUCUAACGACACUAAAAUAUGCAUUUCAAACGCAUGACCGCCUAUGCUUUGUUAUGGAGUAUGCAAAUGGAGGGGAACUCUUCUUUCACUUAUCGCGGGACAGAGUGUUCACAGAAGAAAGAGCGAGAUUCUAUGGUGCAGAAAUAGUGUCAGCACUGGAGUACCUACACUCACGCAAUGUAGUUUACAGGGAUUUAAAGUUGGAGAACCUCAUGUUAGACAAGGACGGCCACAUAAAGAUAACAGACUUUGGGCUGUGUAAAGAGGGGAUCACGGACGGUGCCACAAUGAAGACCUUCUGUGGAACCCCGGAGUACCUGGCACCAGAGGUGCUAGAGGACAAUGACUAUGGACGAGCGGUAGACUGGUGGGGACUGGGCGUGGUCAUGUAUGAGAUGAUGUGUGGCCGGUUGCCCUUCUACAAUCAGGACCACGAGCGUCUCUUUGAGCUAAUCCUCAUGGAGGAGAUUCGUUUCCCCAAGAACCUGGCUCCUGAGGCCAAGGCCCUGCUGGCCGGUCUGCUCAAAAAAGACCCCAAACAAAGGCUCGGAGGCGGACCCGAUGAUGCCAAAGAUGUGAUGAGCCACAGGUUUUUCACCUCCAUCAACUGGCAGGAUGUUAUUGAAAAGAAGCUUAUUCCACCCUUCAAGCCCCAGGUGACAUCAGAGACAGACACGCGUUACUUCGAUGACGAGUUCACAGCACAAACCAUCACAAUAACUCCCCCUGACAAGUACGACAGUUUAGAUGCAGAGGAUUCAGAUCAGCGUACGCACUUCCCUCAGUUUUCCUACUCUGCCAGCAUACGAGAAUGAUCACUCAGACUCUUGAACAAGCAGGCAGGCUUACACAUGAUCACAAUCCCACAUACACACUUGCACUGCUGGGGAAUUUGAACGACACAAACAAAUACUGGCACAAGACACAUUUUCAUUCAGUCUUUAACGCACAUACACUCACAGACACACACACACACGCACACACACACCCGUACUGGCAAAUCAGACAAGACAUGGAUUAUAGAGUAUGAAAUGUACACACAGGCCAUGAAUGACUGACCUCAGCAGGUUUGUGUGGAUAGACUGGCAGCUUUGUCUCUGUAUGUCCUCUCAGGGUUCGCUUUAGGCUUCCCUGCAGGACCUCUGCUGCACUACACUGGGUACCACAUCAGAGCCUUGACACUUUGAAAACCAGGUUAUGCCAGCAAGUACCACCUCUUCUACCAGCUGUACCCAUGCUACACACAUAUACACAUACACACCAACCCAUGCAUAGACUGCAUAUAUAUAUACACACAUACAUACUUGAUAGAAUUUUAAAAAAGCAUAAUCAAAAUUUAGGAAAAUGGAAAAGAUUUAGGGAAAAAAAGACAAAUUUUUAUUUCAUCGAUUGUUACGGUUUUAAAUGUAAAGCCAUAUUUCUGCAUUUUUUUUUCGUGUUUAUUUUGUUUGUUUGUUUUUUUUAACAAGUGCUCUUUCUGGAACUUGCUGUUACAAAUCAAGUGUGGGACUGUUCCUACAGUAGGGGGAAAUGGGGAAGGAGGGGAGGUUGCCAUUUCUGUGUUUGCACUGCACGUGUGUGUGUGUGUGUGUAAGCGUCUGGAUGCGUGAAUGUACGCGUGUAUGCAUAUGAGUGCAGGAGAAUGUAUGAACAUCCAUUUUGAUUCUCGACCAUCCAUUUUUGUGUCUGUUUUUAUGCAUGUUUUUAAACUCUGAACUAUUGCUGGAAUAUCGACGAGAGAGGACACUACACGGCACACAAUGGCCUUUUUUUUUUUUUUUUUUUAAAGGGGAACAAGCAUGUAAUUUAUGAUUGCUGUGACCAGCUUGGCGCUUAAUCGACUGAGUCAGGAAUAGAAAUUGGGAUCUCUUGCAUGGCUAACCUUUGCUUUUAGAAGCUGCAUUAAUUUAAUUCCAAGUGACGCAGCAGUCAGGCUCCUAGAGUCCACGUCGCUGCGUCCAGACUGACUUUAUCGACCAAGUAGAUGCUGGUUGGAGGACUGAGAGUAAGUUUUCAUUAAGGCCAGUUGCGCUAUGUGUGAAAGACUGUAAGAAUAGAAGGAAAAAGGAGAAUAGAGACUAGACGCUUGACCACAGUUGUUCCCCAACCUGUCUAGAGAGACCAAUGUAGACGAACACAGCCAUUCGCUGUCCUCAAUCCAGUCAUUCUCACUUUCUAGCUGAAGAGUUAGGCACCAUUUUUUUUGUUCAUUUUCCAUUUGUAAUAUCAAUGUAAGUUUAAGAAACAUUUUUAAAAUAAGCCUUUGAGUGUUCCUGUAUUUAAAGAAUGAGAGUUCUUAUGAUGAGGCCAAAAAAUUGACUGACUUGGUGGACGUUUAACACUUCAAAUGAUUCCACAUUUGAUGUUUAGAACCUUUUGUGUUUUCUUUAAUGCUGUGUCGAGGCACUUAAAUCUACAUAGUUGUAUGUCUGGAGGUUUACAAUCCAACUAAAAUGCUGCAUGAGCUGGUUGACCAACCCAACUAAUCAAAACACCAGCUGAUGCGUUGUGGAAAGUUGAAAUGUAAAAUCUGCAUACCUUGAGUUAUGACGGCACAUGAUUGAGAGAGGUUCUGGACAGCAUAAUGAAAAGUGCUCAUAUUGACGCAAGCAUUUUAUAUUCCAUAUUGCUGGAAAAGAUGUUGUUUGCUUUUUGAGCUUCACUAAAGGAACAUCAAGAUCUUUUUGUUGUCAUUGUUUGUUUUUGUUUGUUGAUUUCUCCUUAUUUUUGUCCAUCUAUUUUUCAAAUUUUGGAAGACGUAUUGUCUUGUUUAAGUAUACAUUAUAUAAAUAUAUAUAUUAAAAGUUUUUAAACAGCUUUCUUUUCUAUUAAGUUCUUCAUUUCAGUCAGUUUCCAUUUUGUUUAUUGCUUAUUUCACCAACAUAGUAAAGUAGUAGUUCAUGUCUUGUUUGCAUUAUCACAUCCCUUAAAGCUGCAGUAGGAAAAACCUGUGCAAACCUAUGCAAAAUCUUCCACCUCUCUCUCCCUGCUGCCUCCGUAUCACUCCGCUUAGCCCCUCUCACCUAACCCACAAGUUUGAAUGGCAGCAGGAGAAACGCCCUCUCCCUAAAAUGACCUGUAAUUGGCAAGUCUCCCAUCACAGGCUAGAUUUUCUACAGCCUGAAAACUGAGCCAAGAGAUUUAUGACAUUUUUUUGGCCAAUGACGCCAAAAAAACAAAAGCUACCUCAGCUUUCAGCUGAACUGAAUUUACUGUUCAUUAUUUAAAUAAUUGAGCAUAAUAAGGAAAAUUUAUCUAAUCAGUUUGAUCAGAAAAUAAUCCCUAAGCACUUGAAUUUUUACAGAACUAAUCUUAAAGUUGCAAGAUGUGAAUAAUGAAAUUGAAACUCUACCAUUUUGUGCAGUGUUCAUUCUACAGCAUUGUUUAAAGCAAAAACGUCAUUCUCCCCUCAUGUCACACAUUCCUUUUUGUUUUUAUUUAAGUUUGUGUGAGUGACAGAGGGUGACAGUGAGAUGUUUUGAGUGAAAGUGAUGAUAAGGACACAGAAAAGGACGCAAAGCAGGUCUUUUGACUCUCAUCGCUGGGCAGCAGGUGGCCCCACUUCCUGCAGAUGAUAAUGUGAUCAAAUGGCUUUGAUUUACAGUUCACAACUCCAGCACCUCUUCUCACUGGCUCAGGCACAGCCAUCAUACUCUAGCCUAGUGUCCUGCUUUUGGAAAAAAUGGCAGGAUCAGAUAUCAGAACCACUGCACUGAUGGACUCCACUGUGGAUUUGCCUUCAUUGCUACCAUGGCCAUAAGGGGGUGCUGCUGAACUUUUUUAAUAUUGGUUGUGAAGCCAUACUCUGAACCUCGCUGCUGGCUACGCUUUAAGCAAUGCUUCACAGCUAAACAUGCAAGUAAAUACCCCUGACCUCUCCUGUAGGCAAACACAGGCACAACAAGUGCCUCCUCACUAUUGUGUAAAUACCAAAAAAGAAGAAGGGAGAAAAAAAAAAAGCUUGAUGGUGAAUGCAGCAUUAGUAGAAGGGGAGGCCUGCAGCUUUGUAGUAUUUGAUUUGCAGCUUUACUAUAGUUACCAUGCUUCUCUGUAUAUUUGAAUGUGAUCAACAGUCACGAAUGUCACACCUGAUGCUGGUGUAACAAGAUUUUUUUCUUUGCUUGUUGCUGUUAGUUGAGGCUCAGAGGGCAAUGAAAAAAGCAAUCUUUAAAAGGGGAGGACAUUGUCCUGGUAGACAGUUUCAGUCCCCCUUUGCAAGACUUUACAAUGUAACGGGUGAUACCUGCUACAAUAUGGUAGCUUAUAACAUUUGCAACUAUAAUGUGCCAGUAAACCUUUUUACUGAGUAAA